AUGGCGGAAUUGCCAAAGACUAUCAAGGCAUGGAUCAUCACCCGUGCGGGUAAACCUACCGAUGUGCUAGAGCUUAAGACCAAUUGGCCGAUGCCCCCAUCUCCGAAGGCUGGGGAAGUCUUAGUCCGGGUAUCCUACGCGGCACUGAACCCCGGCGACAUCAAGAUGAUGGCUACCAUAAUACCGUGGAAAGGAAAGGCCAUCGCUGGAUAUGACUAUGCCGGCGAGGUAAUCCAACUGGGGUCAUCCGCUCACACCUCGGCCCCCGGAAUUCGGGUCGGGACGAUUGUGGCUGGAACCGUACCUCUCUCCAUGCUUUUGACUGGGUAUGGAACCUUGGUUGAAUACAUGAUCCUUCCAAUUGAUCAGAUCGUGGAAACGCCUAGCGGGCUAUCCGAGUCUGUCGCCGCCGGGAUCAUGGGAAUCGCGGGCCAAACAGCAGCAGCCAUAGUUACUGCUGCCGACUUGCAACAGGGGGACAAGGUGCUUGUAAAUGGGGCAAGUGGUGGUGUAGGUUCCAUCCUUAUCCAGGCGCUCCACGGAAUGGGCAUCCAGGUUAUGAGUGUUUGCUCGGCCAGGAAUUUGGACUUGGUCCUCCGGUUAGGUGGUGGGGAGGCCUUGGACUACAAUGCCCACGAAUCUACUUACGACUAUUUAUCCUCUAUCUCGGCAGAUCCAACAAGGGGUCAAUUCGAUGCAAUUAUAGACUGUGUCGGCGAUGACACACUAUUCCAUCGUUCUCCCGGCUAUCUCAAGGCUACUAGUAAAUUUUUCAGUAUAGAAGGAGGCCCAGUAGGCCACUUGACCCUGAAAAGAUUGCCAGUAAUUCUCGGAGGAACCCCAAGGACCUUUGUCAAUGUCUUCAGCAAGCCAAGUACGGCCUCUAUGAAUAUGGUCAUUGGCUGGGUUGAAAACGGUUGGAUAAAAGAGCUGCCCGUCGAUUCGACAUUCCAAAUGGACGAUGCUAUACAGGCAUUUGAGAAACUGGGAACAAACAGAGCAGUAGGAAAGAUCUUCGUGAAGGUCAAGUAG